AUGUCCUCUAAUCCAGUAAUACUGCAGGGUGAGAAGUUGACCAAGUAUAUACUGGAGACCAGCGUUUAUCCACGAGAAGCAGAGAUUCUCAAAGAGCUAAGGAAUGUCACUGAUACUCACCCUUGGGGCUUUAUGGGCGCUGCUCCCGAUGCGGGUCAGCUAAUGGCCUUGCUCUUGAAGGUGUUGAAUGCUAAAAAGACAAUUGAAGUGGGAGUUUUUACAGGAUACUCUCUUCUCCUAACUGCACUCACCAUUCCAGAUGAUGGAAAGAUAAUAGCCCUGGAUCCAGAUAGAGAAGCUUAUGAGAUAGGACUACCAUUCAUUAAGAAGGCUGGUGUAGAGUACAAGAUCGACUUCAUACAGUCUCAAGCUUUACCUGUUCUUGAUAAACUCUUGGAAGACGAUUCAAAUAAGGGAAGUUUUGACUUUGCCUUCGUUGAUGCUGAUAAAGAUAACUAUUGGAAUUACCACGAGCGGCUUCUUAAACUGGUGAAGAUUGGUGGGUUAAUAAUCUAUGAUAACACUCUCUGGGGUGGAACUGUUGCCUGGCCUGAAGAGGAUGUUCCACUACCCAAAAGAAAAUACAGGCAGGCUGCUCUAGCUUUCAACAAAGCAAUUGCAGAUGAUUCUCGUGUUCAAAUUUCGGCUGUUUCAAUUGGUGAUGGUUUCACUAUCUGUCGGCGUAUUAAUUGA